CAUCUUCCCACAGGUUGCUCGCCUGGCAGCAUUCCUCAGGUGGUGCGAAGUGCCGAGGCAGAUGCUUCCAGAACCGUGAACACUUCCUGUUCUUUCUCUCUCUCAGCUCGGCAAGAGGAUAUCUUCGCCCCCCAGAAUUCAUCCAUCGCGUAAACUCCUGACUAAUUAAAUCUACCCGAGCCGUGGCGUUUUUAGAGCGGGGGAUCGGCCAGGACUGCGCCGUCACCAACUCACUCACACACCCGUACACGCACGCACGCGCCACGGUUUGUUUUUAUACCUCCCUCCAGCCAUUCCACGCGUUAUUUGGCUAAGUGCCCCCCAUUGUUCCAGUAUUGUUUUCCUAACAUAUUGUCCACACUUUCUAACCCACCUGAUUGGCCCAGAGGUGAGAAUGGGGGCUCACUAACUACAGACUGAUGCAAUAAAACACGGGCCGUGCCGCAUCUUCACAUCAGCCAAUCACAGGCGAGCUACAGCCAUAUAAAGUUGUAACGCCGCGUGUAAUAAUCAAGGUUCGGACAUGAGUACCAAAAGCGAUACCUCGCCAGGUGCGGAGGGAUGCGACCCACCGCCAACUCCGACGGUGAAGGAAAAGAAAACGUCGGUCCCUGCGUUCGAUAUAGGGAAGAAGACGUCCAUUGGAGGAAUGGACCCGGCCAAGAAACAAGUGACAGUCGCUGUGGACGGAAAUAAGCCAAAGAAAACUGUGUCGAAGAAAAAGUCGGUCCCGGGAAUGGAUGUGACCAAAGAAUUCAAUCGCUGUAGAGAAGAAGGUGCCACCAGAUUAGAUCUUAGCAAGAAAGUUAUAUCAGUACUUCCACCUUCCGUGAAGGAGCUCACCCAGUUAGUAGAAUUCUACCUGUACGGGAACCGGUUACAAAGUCUACCGCCAGAGAUCGGACACCUAGUCAACUUACAGACCCUCGCCUUGAGCGAAAACUCGCUCACAACCCUUCCUGACCAACUAGUAAACUUGAAGAAGCUGAAGGUGCUAGACCUCAGACAUAACAAGUUGAAAGAGAUCCCAGAUGUGGUAUACAGGCUGACGUCACUACAGACCCUUUUCCUAAGGUUUAAUAGGAUCUCAGUUGUCGGGGAUGACCUGCAAAGAUUAACGAAAUUGACCAUGCUUAGCUUGAGAGAGAACAAAAUCCGAGAGCUUCCCGGGGGCAUCGGCCAGCUGGUCAACCUGAUCAACCUGGACGUCUCGCACAAUCACCUGGAACACCUGCCUGCUGAAAUCGGGAACUGUGUACAGAUGUCAUCGUUAGACCUCCAACACAACGAGCUUCUGGACUUACCAGAGACCAUAGGCAACCUCAAGUUACUCAGUAGACUAGGACUAAGGUACAACCGGCUGGCCUCAGUACCCAAGUCCUUGAGCAACUGUACAGAGAUGGAGGAGUUCAAUGCAGAGGGAAACAAUCUGUCAUCACUACCUGAGGGGUUGUUGUCCAGCCUUGUCAACAUGUCCAGCCUGACCCUUGCGAGGAGCAACUUCAGCUCAUAUCCCAUUGGAGGACCUGCCCAGUUCGCCACUGUCUAUUCGAUCAACAUGGAGCACAACCACAUCAACAAGAUUCCUUUUGGCAUCUUCUCUCGUGCCAAGUACCUGACCAAACUCAACAUGAAGGACAACCAGCUCACCUCCCUGCCUCUAGAUGUGGGGACAUGGGAGAACAUGGUGGAACUGAACCUGGGCACCAACCAGCUGCAGAAGCUGCCAGAAGACAUCCAACAUCUCACCAACCUGGAGACACUAAUCCUCUCCAACAACCUGCUCAAGAAGCUGCCUCGUGGCAUCGGCAACCUGAGGAUGUUGCGGGUUCUGGACCUGGAGGAGAACAGGCUGGAGUCCCUGCCAACAGAGAUAGCGUACUUGAGGGACUUGAACCGGCUGGUGGUCCAGUCCAACCAGCUGACGACCAUGCCUCGUGCGAUCGGUCACCUGACCAACCUGACGUACCUGGGAGUGGGGGAGAACAACCUGCAGCAGAUCCCAGAGGAGAUCGGGACCUUGGAGAAUCUGGAGCAGCUGUACCUGAAUGACAACACCAACCUGCACAGCCUGCCCUUCGAGCUUGCCCUGUGUGGCAACCUCCAGAUCAUGAGUAUCGAGAACUGUCCCCUCAGUCAGCUGCCUCCAGAGAUAGUCAGUGGUGGGCCAUCCCUCGUCAUCCAGUUCCUCAAAAUGCAGGGUCCCUACAGACAGAUGGUGGCAUAAGGGUCUCCAGGGUACGUCAGAACUUCAUGGAAGAAGGAAAGGAAAGAAGAGACGUAGAAGAAUGAAUGAGAAUGAAGUUGAAGAAGAGAGAGUAAGAGAGGCAAAGGGCAGUUUUUACGAUAAACAGUAUGGUAACUGUAUUUAUUUUCUGGGUACUUGUGGCUAUGGUUUGAGCAUCAAUUUUCCAUUGGGAAGAAGAAGAAGGUUCUUGAUUGGUUGUAGACUCUGAGAUGAAAAAGUUUACAGUAGUGCUGCUUUGCUCUUCACCAUAAUGAAAAGGGAACAAAACAUCACAUACAGAGAACAAAAAUACAA